CAGCGGCUUGCUCUACCGGACUGUCAUCAUCAGCCUUCGUUCGUACAAAAGGGAAGUUAAAAUAAGUGGGAGAGGAAGACCGCAGAGCCUAAUGAGACCUAACGUUUUUCUACCUGACUGAAUACUUUGUGAAUAGACUCCGAAGGGUUACAGGUUUUGUCCCGGAAACACCAAACUCAUUAUCUUCUGUUGCUGGGUAUCUCACAGUUUUCGCCACUGCGACUGUCGGCAUUCUGAGGAGGAGAGACCACACGGUGACAUGGCUAGUAGAGGUGGAGCCACGCGCCCCAACGGGCCUAAUGCGGGCAACAAGAUUUGCCAAUUCAAGCUUGUGCUUUUAGGAGAGUCAGCAGUGGGAAAAUCAAGCCUCGUACUCCGUUUUGUCAAGGGCCAGUUUCAUGAAUUCCAGGAGAGCACAAUCGGAGCGGCCUUCCUGACUCAGACGGUAUGUUUGGACGACACAACAGUCAAGUUUGAGAUCUGGGAUACAGCCGGUCAGGAGCGCUACCACAGUCUGGCUCCCAUGUACUACAGAGGGGCCCAGGCAGCCAUCGUGGUCUACGAUAUCACAAACGAGGAAUCAUUUGUGCGGGCAAAGAAUUGGGUUAAAGAGCUUCAGAGACAAGCCAGCCCAAACAUCGUAAUAGCGCUGGCUGGGAACAAGGCCGACCUCGCAAACAAGAGAGCUCUGGACUUUCAGGAUGCACAGUCAUAUGCCGACGACAACAGUUUGCUCUUUAUGGAAACUUCAGCAAAGACCUCUAUGAACGUGAACGAGAUUUUCAUGGCCAUUGCAAAGAAGCUUCCUAAGAACGAGCCUCAAGCCGUCGGCAGCAACAGCGGACGGAACCGGGGAGUGGACCUGACGGAGACGGCUCCGUCCAGCAGCCGUCCCUGCUGCAGUAACUAACUUCCUCAUCCUCCUCACUCACAUCUGUCCUCCCCUUCUCAACCGAACAACAUCUGGACAUCGGCUCUUGGGUUUCCGGACGUCACCUUCACUUCCCCGGAAUAGCGAAAAGACUCUGUAUAGCUGCAUUUCUAAUGACUUUUUUUUUGUUUGUUUGUUAUUGGUUUAUUUUUUUUUUUACUUUUUUUUUUAAGAAGUGUAUAUCGGUAUAAUGGAUGCAUGUAUCACUACAACUCUUUGAAAACAACAACACAUCUUUAUCUUUUAUUCAGUUUAAGGACUAACCCCGUUUCAGAGAGACGAGAACCCGGCAAACGUGUGGAGGUCUGGUGUUAGUCGUAUUUGUCACUCGGCAGCAUUGACCCAAUAUUGCUUGAGUGGAAUUUCAUUUUUGCUCCGAAUUGUUCCCGUCUCCAGACGCUCUUCUGCUGAAUCGGUUUGUCGUAAGCCAGGAAACGAUUGCUGAGCAAACCGAGAACUCUUCCUGACACGUUCAUCCGAGUAAAAUAAUAAAAAAUAAAUAAACAUCUGGAGGCUCUGCGCUGUGGCCGUGUUACGGUUUUUACCGAAGCCUUGAAUACGAACAAAGAACAACAGUAAUAAUUAUUCUAAUGUGUCAGAGUUGUCUUUAAGACCUAAAGUUUCCGGUUAGACCAGUAGUCAACCAGCAGUUUGGAUGAUCUGGGCAACUCGGAAACACAAAAAAUGGACGACCACCCAUAACAACAGGAAGCAAAUGUUAAAAGACGCUACGUCAUUGUCUUCCUCCACUCCAGCUCGCAGGCUCACCAGGAACAUCUAGAGAUGUUGAACAAUUGUACAGUUCAGCAUGUGUUUUUUCCCACAUCCUUUCUUUGGAAGCAUAUUGCAUUCACUUAAAAAAAAUAAAAAGCUUUGUUUUUCUGACUAACGAGAUUAGCUAACCCACAACAAUGAAACCAGGCUAAUUGUUGGUAGCGACACAGUAAAGGAAAAAGGUUCCAUUAUGGGUAACGUAUCAUUCACACACCUUUAUCGGAUUAUUUUGGGCACAUGGGAAGAGUUGACACAAUUCCUUCAGAAAAGCAGCUAGUGAAUGCCCUAUGCCUCCGUACUUUUGCUCUCUGUCAUAACCGGGUCAAAUAUUAAGCAGUGGUGGUCUUAGAUGUAUGUAGUGUUAUUAACGGAACCCCUCUGGUGUCUUAUUUUUUUUAAGUUAAUUUCUGUUUUAUGUUUUUUCAGAGAAAAGGUCCACGGUCGUGUUUGAAAGGAACUUUUAUGGCGUUGCACAGUAUUGAGCGUGUUUUAAUUACUGCCCUCAGAUUUUAUAUGUGAUGGACUGUAUUGGGUCUGCUAACCUAAAUGGGUAGUUAGCAUCAUUAACCCAGUCUCUCUCUCUCUCUCUCUCUCUCUCUCUCUCUCUCUCUCUCUCUCUCUCUCUCUCUCUCUCUCUCUCUCUCUCUCUCUCUCUCUCUCUCUCUCUCUCUCUCUCUCUCUCUCUCUCUCUCUCUCUCUCUCUCUCUCUCUCUCUCUCUCUCUCUCUCUCUCUCUCUCUCUCUCUCUCUCUCUCUCUCUCUCUCUCUCUCUCUCUCUCUCUCUCUCUCUCUCUCUCUCUCUCAGCUCAAUGAAUUCUAAUGGUGUAAACAGCAUUACUAGUGAUGGGCUGAUCAUUUUUGAGUGUCUGGAUCAAAUUAAUAAAUCCAAUAAACAGC